AUGUCUGUCGAUCAGCCGCAGCAGCAGUUUGCUGGACACGACAACAACACGCAGGCUGCAUUAUUGGUCCCCGCAACAAUAACUUUGGCAUUGUCGCUGUUGCUGUAUGGUAUCCGCAUACGAGCCCGUCACUCUUCGCCUCUUGUCUUGACCGAUGGCACGAUCACUGCAGCUCUGGUAUGCCGGCCAACAUCUGCAUUAUGGGACGAUAGUGUGGAAGCGCAGUGCUGGCCACCGGAGAGGACACAACUUGGUGGUCAUGUUACGUUGGGUAAGGAAGACAUUAACCUCGUCGUAAGAAGUUUGACUGACAUAAAUCAGNGUUUCGGAGUCAUCACGAGUAUACUUCUCUCCCUCACACCUGUCACUUUGGUCAGAGGCGCGAAUCGUCCGAUACACGAGUUGGUCGCAUUGGGUCUAUUGGUCGGAGUAGGCCUGUUCGUCACCAUGUCCUCAGUCGCCAACAUGGUAUAUCUACGCAACUACCGCAUGACCGAGGACACUCUCAGAGACUUGAUAGCACCAACAACCUGGUGGCAGAUCGAGCAAAACCUCAGCAUUAUAGCCGGCCUAGCUAUCCAUCUCCGGACACCUUACGAGGCGUUGUUGGCAAGAUGCGGAUUGAUAUGUUCGGUCAGAACGGAAUCGUCACCUAGCCAUCGACUGAAUCGUCUUGAGAAUGGGUCGCAGACUCUGAAGAGCUUGAAGACGACUAUACCAUGGGGACAAGUUUACGACUCGAUGACUCACUUGCCGAGUAUUGUGAAGACGACUGAGGUUGUGCAUUCAACUGAGCUGCUGAAGGAUGAUAGCUUGCGAUUCGGUACACCAGCGAGGAGACCUUCGUGGCUGUGA